AUGGCGGGCGGCGACGGCGACGGGUGCUGGGCCUUGUGGCGGGCUGAGAACGACCGGCUGGCCCGGCGCUGGCGGAGGGCGGCGCCCUCUCCCGGCCCGGCUCCCCCUCAGCAAUUCGCGGAACUGCUGAGGAAGAUUCAAGGGCUCCCCGCCGUCCUCCCGAGCCUUUCCUUGGAGCUGGCCAUCCUCUGCAACGCCCUGCCCUUCGAGAUGCGCCCGCCCGGCGGCGGCCCCCAGCGCGCCUCGGCCUGGAUCGAGCGGGGACUCCGGCGAGUGCUGGAAGCUUUCGCUGCGCCCGAGGAGGGUCUCGAUUGCGGGGAACUCUGGCCGAGGGUCCUCCAGCAGGCCGCGCCGGAGCAGCUCCGGGCCCCUUUGCAGCACCUGGCGGCUCUGCAGGCGGCGGCGUGGCUGGCCGGCCACCAGCUGGAGAGAGCCCGGGACCUCCUGCUGCUCCUUAACGGUGCCCAGAUCCCAGACCCUUCUUGUGUUGGUUGUGACAGUGAGCUGGAAAGUGACGACGUCUACACCGUGGGGGCACUUUACCCUCUCAGACUGGGGGACCACCACGUUUGCAUGCAGCAACACAUUAAAUUGAAUCAAAUUAGACUUUUUGAUGCCUGUUUGUUUAUUCCAGGUGUUCAGGAGCUGGAAGCUGACAACCCCCACCGUGCCCUUGUCUUCCUCCAAGCGGCUGCGUCUGGACUAUGUUCUAAGCGGGUCCUUGCCCAGAUCUUCACCUUAAUGGGAAGCUGCUACCGGAAAAUAGGCAAGCCACACACAGCGCUGCACCACCUGAAGCAAGCCCUGGAGAUGGACUCCACCUUCCUGCCAUCCUUGUACCAAGCCGCUCUCGUCUACCACCAACUGGAGCUCACAGAGGCAGAACUGGAAGUUCUGCUGCUGCUUUGUCAGGCUCUGGAGAGUCCUCCACAGGUAACCCUGGAGUCCCACAACCUCCAUUUCCUUAUCCGAACAGAGCUGCUCACCAGCGGAUGCCAUCCGGCUGCUUUCCUUGCCCCAAGCUGCCCGUCAGGAGUGAAAUACAUGCUAGCCAAGAGAUGUUUGCAGGCGGAGAGGGCAACAGAGGCUGCAGAACAUUACCUGGACCUCCUGGCUCUCUUUCAGGAAGGACCUCUUCCCCAG